GCAGUGAAUUUGGGCUGACCUAGUUCACACACAGAUGCGCACUUGCAAAAGUGAGAAGGCACGCUGAUAAUUCUUUAAAAUGUGGAUCACUAUAGCAAUCAUAUGUGCUGCUCUAGUUGCAUUAAUAUACAAAUAUGUGUUCCGUACAUCGGGACCAAAUCCUUUUGAUAUCGACACUCGUGAACCGCUGAAACCACUGGUCACCGAAAAGAAGGAGAAAAACAAAGUUCUGAAGCAGGGUUUCUUGGCCAGUAAAGUACCUGAGAACCUAGAUGCCAUUGUCAUUGGCAGUGGAAUUGGUGGUCUUGGGGUGGCGGUGCUGCUGGCUAAGGUUGGAAAGCGGGUCCUGGUUCUGGAGCAGCAUGAUCGGGCCGGAGGCUGCUGCCACACCUUUACAGAGAAAGGCUUUGAGUUUGACGUCGGUAUCCACUACAUCGGGGACCUGUUGGAGAACAAGCCCUUCCGCUGCAUGCUUGACCAGCUGACCAAUGGGCAGCUCCAGUGGGAGCCCCUGGACAACCCGUUUGACCAGGUGGUGUUGGGCCCUCCUGAGAACAGGCGCACCUACCCCAUCUACAGCGGCAGGAACCGCUUCCCUGACGAGCUGAAGAAGUUCUUCCCUGGGGAGGAGGCGGCCAUCGAUGAGUACAUGAGGCUGGUCAAGAAAGCAGGACACAACAUUUGGUUCCUGGGUCUGCUGAAGCUCGUUCCUGUCCCCCUGGCCAAGUUCCUGGUGUACACAGGCCUUGCCAAUCGUCUGUCAUUCUUCUUCCGCAUGGCGUCUCGCAGUGUGACCGAGGUGGUCAACGAGCUGACUGAGAACAACGACCUCAGGGCCGUCUUCAGCUACAUCUUUGGCACUUACGGUAAUAUGCCCAAGGAUGCCAGCUUCCUGAUGGUCUGCCACUACCUGACCGGCGCCUGGUACCCAAUAGGAGGAGCCAGUGAGAUCGCCUACCACAUGAUCCCCAUCGUUGAGAAAGCCGGGGGGGCCGUGCUCGUCCGCGCCCCAGUCAACCGCAUCCUGUUCAACGACAACAAGGAGGCUAUUGGUGUGAGCGUGAUGAAAGGUCAGGAGGAGAUCCAUGUGCAUGCUCCAAUGGUUAUCUCCGACGCCGGCAUCUUCAACACCUACCAGCAGCUGCUGCCCAAGGAACUCCAGGCUAUGCCAGCCAUCCAGAAGCAGCUUGGUGUGAUGAAAAACGGGGCGGGAGGUCUGAGCAUCUUCCUGGGCCUGACUGGAACCAAGGAGGAGCUGGGCCUCAAAGCAGACAACUACUGGAUCUUCACAGAGCACAACAUGGAUGAACUGGUUGACACCUAUCUGAAGGGAAACAGGGAGGAGUCAGCAAAAAGUGUGCCGCUCCUCUUUGUGGCCUCUCCAUCAGCCAAAGACCCCACCUGGGAGGAACGAUCACCAGGCAAGUCCACCCUGAGUCUGGUGAGCUUUGCUAACUAUGAGUGGUUUGAGGAGUGGAAGGAUGACAAGGUGACCAACAGAGGGACUGAUUACAAGGAGCUGAAGCAGAUAUUCUGUGACUCGAUUCUGGAGGUGGUGAUGAGUGUCUUCCCCAAGAUUACCAGGGACAAGGUUGAGUUAAUUGAGGCUGGAACACCCAUAACAAACACACACUACAUUGGAACCCCUAAAGGGGAGAUCUAUGGAGUAGACCAUGGCACUGCUCGUUUCAGCGCUGAGUGCAAUGCCACCGUGAGGCCCCAGACACCCCUGAAGAACCUCUACCUCACAGGUCAGGACGUGUUUGUGUGUGGCUUUGCUGGUGCGCUGGCUGGGGCUCUCACCUGCGGUUCUGUCAUCCUCAACCGUAACCUGCACCUGGAUGCCAUCGCUCUGGCCAAGAAGACCAAACGUGUCGACACCAAGAAGUUGGAGUAACACACUACUGACCACCUCCCUCGACCCAUUGUUGCUCCGGGUGAAGUUUCCCCUAGGUACAGAUCUAGGAUCAACUUCCCCUCCCCCCAAUCCACAUUAAUGGGGAAAGCUAAACUGACCCAAGAUUACCAUCUAGGGGCAACUUCACCCUACUCCACCCAGCUUACCAAAGGUUCAAUAACACAAGCCCAGGGACAGGCACCAUACUCUGGUCCUACAUUCAACACAGUGAAAAGAUGCCUCAAGAUGGUCACUGUGUUACUGUGUGUUUUGAGGGUGUAACUAGAUCUCUGCUCUCUCACUGUUAAGGGAAAACAAAAUGUGGUCUUCUAUACAAAUCCAUAUGUUGUUUUCUCUGAAUGCCUGAAUUCACAGGCAGCCAUAUCCAUAUUUAAACCAUUGUGUCUUGACUGCUUGAACAGAUGAGACAGCACUGAACGUCUAGGAAUCUUUCUGUGGAUGCUCUCAGCAUCAGAUCUGUAAAUUGAGUUUACAACCAUUCGACCUUUGGAAAUUAUUGCCCAGGGAUAGAUAGCUUUUUUCAUUGUGUUUUCAUAAAUCAAGUGUGCAGAUACAGUGGCAUUUUUCCUAUUUUGUUUCCUUACAACCUGGAAUAAAAAAUUUUGGGGUUUGUAUCAUUUGAUUUACACAA